AUGGUGAAGAGCACAGCAGCCCCGUGUGUUGCUAUCUUGUUACUGUUCCUCACAGAGACACUGGCCCAAAGACCGAUGAACAAGCGUCUGGCCGCUCCACCGAAACCCGCCAAGGCUCAGUGCUGUGAUGAGGUGCGCUCUCUGAAGGUACAGGUGGCUAACCUGACCAGUCUGCUGGAGGAACUGGGCAAGAAGCAGGAGGCAGACCUGAGGACCGUGGUGAAGCAGAUGAUGGAACUGGACCAGCAGAGUCGCCUGCAGGAAGCCCGCGUGAUGGAGGCUGAGAGCAAGUACUCCGAGAUCCACAAUCGCGUAGAGAUCAUGCAGCUACAGGCCGCGCAGUCCGCCACACACACCACAACAGAUGCCAUCUAUGACUGCGCAUCCCUGUUUAACAAAAACUACAAGAUUUCUGGAGAAUACAGACUGCCAAAGGACGAUUUCCUGGGAACGCCUGAGCUGUCUGUGUUCUGUGACAUGGAAAACAAUGGGGGAGGCUGGACUGUUAUCCAGAGGAGGAAAGUGGGCCUGACAAGUUUUAACCGGGACUGGAAGCAGUAUAAGCACGGUUUUGGCAACAUCCGCGGAGAUUUCUGGCUGGGCAAUGAGCACAUCUUCCGCCUAACCAGACAGCCCACAGUGUUGAGGAUAGAGCUGGAGGAUUGGGAGGGUGAGGUGCGCUAUGCUGAGUAUGGCUUCUUCACUGUCAGUAAUGAACUCAACAGCUACAAGCUGUUCAUCGCCAACUACAGUGGAAAUGCUGGAGACUCUCUGCGUUACCAUAACAACACUAACUUCAGCACCAAGAACAAGGACAAUGACAAGUGUGUGGAUGACUGUGCCCAGCUUCGUCAAGGUGGUUACUGGUACAACUGUUGCACGGACUCCAAUCUGAAUGGUGUGUUCUAUCGCUAUGGUUCACACGCCAAGAAUAUGGAUGGAAUCACCUGGUACGCCUGGCACGGGCCAAACUACUCCCUCAAACGAGUGGAGAUGAAGAUAAGACCCCAGAACUUUGCUGCUUAG